GGGCUAAGAAUGCACGUGCGAUGGCGGAAUCCUUGGUAUUUUGCGGGUAGAUUUGAGCCCUAGAGGGGAAAAGAGGGUGGAGGAAAGUUACGAUAAAUCACGUGAUAUUAGCGGAGUUGUCAGCGGAAGUUCAUGGCACUCACAGGCGGAGCGGGAAAUAUUUCCUUAACCUUCCGCUCCUCUCCGCCCUCCGCCCCGCUCCUACCGAUAACGAUUCAAAAUUGUGGCGGCGAUACACUCCCUAUGGACUUCUUGGCUUUCUCCUUUCUCACUUCACAUCCACCCUCUUCCCUUGCUAUGUUAUGUUACGCCUCGCAACCUCCAUCAUGACGAACUCUCCCAAAAGGGUCCCCAUCCCCCGCAACGGGGUCGACUACCGCUGCAAACUCGUCCUCGCCCCCAUGGUCCGCUCCGGCGAGCUGCCCUCGCGCCUCCUCGCCCUUCACUACGGCGCCGACCUCGUCUGGGGCCCCGAAACCGUCGACCGCUCCAUAAUCGGCACUACGCGCACCUUCAACUCCGCCCUCUCUACCGUCGACUUCACGCGCCUCUCCAGCAACGGCUCUCAUGGGCCCCGCAAGGAUCAAAAGGAGAGCGUCAUCUUCCGCCUCCACCCCGCGCGCGAGGGCAAGAAACUCAUCUUCCAAAUGGGCACCUCGGACCCCGAGCGCGCGGUCGAGGCUGCGAAACUGAUCGCCGGCGACGUCGCGGGCAUCGACGUCAAUGCCGGGUGUCCGAAGCCGUUUAGCACGAGCGGCGGCAUGGGCGCAGCGCUGCUGCGCACGCCUGAUAAAUUAUGUGCGAUCCUAGAAGCGCUGGUGGCUAAUAUCGCCUCGGAGUUCGAGAUAGGGAUUAGUGUUAAGAUUCGCCUGCUGGAGACGCGGGAGGAGACCGAGACGCUGGUGCGCAGGCUCUGCGCGACGGGGAUUACGGGGCUGACGAUUCAUUGUCGGACGACGCCGAUGAGGCCGCGGGAGAAGGCGAUUAGGGAGCAGUUGACGAUGAUAGCGGAUAUUUGUCGGGAGAUGGGGGUGGCGUGUCUGGCGAAUGGGGAUGUGACGUGUCCGGAGGAUGCGCAGGAGCUGGUUAAUACGUUUGGGGUUGAGGGGGCGAUGAUUGCGACGGCGGCGGAGACGAAUCCGAGUUGUUUUAGGAGGAAGGAGGAUGGGGGGUUAGCGCCGUGGAGGGAGGUGGUGGAGUUGUAUCUGAGGACGAGUAUGGAGGUGGAGAAUCGGUGGGGGAAUACGAAGUACCUCCUUGGGCACCUGGUUCCGGGGAAGGACCCGGUGUAUCGUGGUGUUACGGGGAGUAAGAGUUAUACGGGGAUCUGUGAGCUGCUUGGGUUUCCGGAGCUGGUUGAGCGGGCUAAGGAGGUGGAUCAUGCGCUGGGGUUGGAUGUGGUUCCGGUGAAGCAGGGGAAGAAGAAGCAGAAUAGCACGGCUGAUGCUGCGGGUGGUCAGUCGGGGAAGAAGGAGAAGCGGAAGCCGCUGUCUACUCGUGGCGUCGAGAACUCAAAGCCAGCUGUGGGGACCUCGAAGCCGGCUGUUCAGAGCCCAGCGGUGUCAAUUGAUAUACCACAGCCAGCUAUGGAGAGUGCACUGGCAGCGCAGCUGGUUUAAAGCGGCUACGUUGAAAACUGGGAAAGGGUUCUUUGAGAGGGAACUACUUAUACACAAAAGGCGUUUAUGGCACAUAAGGAGUUGGCAUUACAUUUAUAUACUGUAAUUAUAGGUAGAAGUAAGUUUAACAGCUUACUUAAAUAUAGAAAUAAGUUUAAUAAUUAGGAGGGAUGUGAUUCUAGC